CGCUAUCAUUGGAAAAAUAUUCGCGCCACUGCUGGAGGAUACUGAAGAAAACAGACCAAAGAAGAUUUUAAAAGAGAUGGACUUUCUUCACAAACCCAUGCCUGCCAUCCAAUAGCAAGACAGAGAGGUGCGGCUGAGUCAGAGGAGAGAAGAGGAGAGUGUCAGAGAAGAAAGACUGGAAAGCAAGACCAAAGGAGAUGGCGGAGUCUCACCGGAGAGCGAGCCGUGGGGGUCAGGAGAGUUCGGCCGCUCCGCAGAACGGGACGCGCGGGCGCGGCAGGUCGGAGAGGGGCGGAGACACGGCUGACGAGGACGAUGUGGGGACACAGCAAGGCGCAUCAUCGGGGGUCCCAGAGGAGGACGACGACCCGGCCCGGAGGAGACUCAUUAGACACCAGUACCGUGAACUCAUAAACGUCGUGCAGCAGAACCGAGAGGACAUGCUGAGCCCCUCAAACAACAAACUGACUGAGGUCUUAGAAGAGGCCAACAAGUUGUUUGCUAACGUCCGGCAGGCCCGGGAGGCAGCGCUGGAUGCCCAGUUCCUGGUGCUGGCCACAGACCUGGGAAAGGAGAAGGCCAGCCAGCUGCACGCAGACGGCUCGGCGUUCGACCCCACAGGCUACGCCGAGCACCUGCUGUCUCUGAUGGGACUGAACCGGCUGGAGGAGGAGGACAGCGAUGAGGAGGGGGAGUCCGGGGGCUAUCUGCCCCAGGACGCCUGGCAGAGACUAGGCAAAAAGGUGGAGCACUGUUUCAGAACAGCUCCCUCAUUCCACUUCAUGCUGGGCUCUUUUGUACCAGAGCCUCCACCGCCACGGCAACGUGUGGAGAGACAGAGGAAGGCCCCUAACAAGGAAGUAAAGAGGAUCAUGCCCACUCAGUUAAAGAAAAUGGACGAGUCGCACCAGGAAGCAACGGAGAAGGAGGUGGAGAGGAUUCUGGGGUACCUGCGAAGUUACCAUGCUGAAGACCCUAAUUCACCAAUUUCCUAUUACGAGUUUGUCAUUGACCCCAACUCCUUCUCCCGAACGGUGGAGAAUAUCUUCCAUGUGUCAUUCCUCAUCAGGGAUGGCCUUGCCAGGAUGUACCUGGAUGGAGACAAGUUACCCUGCUUAGCUCCAGUGGAUGAAGAUGAAGUGGAGGGGGGCGGAGCUGCCACUCGCCAUCAGUGUGUCAUCUCCAUCAGCCCAGCCAGCUGGAAGGAACUCAUCAGGGCGUUCAAUAUUAAGCAAGCCAUGAUCAGUGCCCCCAGCUCAGCUACGCCAGUGGAGUGACACUACAGGGACGGGUGAAGAGGAGACUUUUACUUUAUUUAUAACUAAACUUUUUAGCGGCUUUUACAAGUGCCUCCAGAAGGGUUGGAGUGAAGACCUGUGCUCAGCUGACUGAGGAGUCCAGACCUGGAACUUUGUCUGUCCAGCCUGGUCUGGUGGUGUGCCAGGAGAUUAGACGCAAGUCUGACUUAAACAUCUUAGGGAAAACAAACCUAAAGCCUUAUUCACUCUUAUUCAGUCAACCCCACUCAGACCCAGAGGUAAAUUCCAACUUCCUUUUUAUAUCUCAUUU